GAAGAGCAAGCCACUACCUAAAUUAUCAAUCCAUCCAUAGUAGAACGAACAGACCACAGACCACAGACAAAAUCACUAUGACUUCUCCACACAAUCCUCUCAUCUCAGCUUUAACAACGCUUUAUACUCUCCUCGUUGACCUCCGCUACAUCCCCGCAUCUACACUUGUCCUCCCGUCAUCCCAGACACGACGACAUCCCCGUAACUGCAUCAAUCGCAGUGCAGCGGCGCAGAACGGGUUCAGCGAGGAAGUAAUCGAACUAGCGUACCAGAUUCCGUACAUUGCGGAUGAAGAUUACCAGGUUAACUACGACACCCAACCGCUCUGUUAUCUGGCACGCGUCCCUGAAGUAAGCGGGGAGGACAACGACAAGAACAACGAACCAGAAGAAAUAGAAGGCGAAGAUGCAUGGGAGUUCGCGCGUGACCCGACCUUCCAGGAUCGUCUCGAUCUCUGGACCGGCCAUAACAUCCUAGUAUUAACUCGAGGUGGACUGUACGGGGUGGAACUGAUCUAUGAUCUGGAUAAGCAAACAAUCACGGAAUGGCAGCCUUUCGAAACCCCAGAGACUUGGCGGUCCCUCCCUGCCAUUCCGAUGACAUCGUCACAGAACCCGCUCUACGUGUGGAUCCGGGCGUUUCUGGCACUGCAGAAUAUCCCGCUUGAUGAUGACAUCUUGAUUCCUCGGGAGCCCGAGGAGCUGGGGUAUCCCGGUGAUAACGCCAGUGAGGGGAAGAUGCGGGAAUGGCGGGAACGUGUGGAAGAUGCUGAGAAGGAAAGAGGGCUGAAAGAUGUUUAUGUUGGGUGUGGAUGGAAGACAGAUACGGUGGAUCGAGUCGAGGAUGAUGCACAGCUGCCGAUUUGGGAGGCUCUGGAGCAGGCGCGUCGAAGGGCUGGGGAAGAGUUUCGGGGAGAGGAGUUUGGAGAACGCAAAGAGGCGUGGAAGGGGAGUUUGUAAAUAUAUAUACUAGAUAGAGUCUGUUGUUUAGUUUAGCAGGAAGUACAG